AUGAUUCAAAUAGAAAGAGGAAUCCGACAUUGGAAGCACUUUGGUGUUAUUUUGUUGCUGAGUUCUGUACCUCCGGUGCUGCCACCUCCACCACAACCACCACCACCACCACCGCAGUAUCAGCAGGCUCCGCCACAUUUCCAUCAGUUCCCACCACCUAAUGUUGGUGGUCCUCCUCCACCACCACCUAACAUUGGCGGGCCACCACCACCACCACCACCUCAUCAUGUUUAUUUAAAUGGACCUCCUCCUCCACCACCUCCUAAUUCGUCAUCGUCAGUUCCGUUGAACCUUCCGGUUCAAGGUUCACUUAAUGUGAUGCCAAAUACAGGACAAUCAUAUGCUAUACCUUCUCAAUUACACCAUGGGAGCAGCAUGGCGCCACAAGCAUCUUGGGCUCCAGGGCCACAAACUAGAGUAUUGCCACCACCACCACCACCCCCUCCUCCCUCGGCUUCCCAAGGUCAAAUUUUGUAUAACCCUCCUUUCCAUCGUCCACCUCUGCAGCCCGGUGAUGUUCAGAAUCUGCAUAAUGCUCCUCCACCACCACCCCCUUCAUCAAUUUAUUUCCAUUCAACUGUUGGGAAUUACCAAGUGCCUCCCGGUAUUCCCCCACCGUUGCCUUCGUCUCCACCACCUGCUCUUCCGGCUCCACCGCCUCCUCCUCUUACUGCUCCGGUAACCUCCUUCUCAUCAAAUGCUGCAGGCACUGGCCCUCAUACUGCUAAGUUCUCUGGCUUAGAAUCAAAGACUGUGAAUUCGGUUGACGAAUCUGGUAUUGUUCCUGUAAAUGGUUCUGAUUCUAAAUUGGAUGGUCCAAGUUGUAGAGACGUUGCUAGUGCUGAAAAAGAUGACAAUCUUCCCCCACCUAAGCCAACAGAAGAGACUAUACAGAAGAUAGAAGCUUUGUGUCAGCUUAUUGCUGAGAAUGGUGCUGAUAUUGAAGAUAAGAUUCGUCGAGAUGAAUUUCAGAAUCCUGAAUAUGAAUUUUUAUUUGGUGGAGAGCCCGGAACCGAGGCUGCAAUUUCUAACACAUAUUUCCUGUGGAUGAAAAAGAAAUAUAAUUUGGAUAAUGGAUGGCAUGAAAAUAAAAGGCAAUCAGAGAUGGUAUACUCUUCUAGUAAACGGUAUAUCCAGCAUGUUGCAACUGUGAAUGCUGAUUCUGACAUGGAAAUGGAAGCCCUUAUUGUUUGUAUUGAAUUUGUUGGAUAUUCUGGAGUACAGGUUACCCCUUGCACUUUAAAGAGUAAAGAAGACUGUCUACUUGAUAUAGUUUUGCUAGCAGUAGUUCUAAGACGACUGUGCGUGUGUUGGGCUGGGUCUGGGGCCGAUGAUAUCACACUUUCUGACAAGGACCAAGGUUCAAAUUAUGCAACUGAAGGCCUAACUCAGCAACAUAACCCGGAUGAUGAAGAUGAAGUGUUUAGUGUGAAUCAGAAUAUACGGCAGCUGCAGAAAUUAUCAGACAAUGACCCUGCCAAGGACAUCUCAUCCUGCAGUGCAUCAUACUUUGGAUCCAUGGGAGUCAGCAAACGGAAUGAAGGACCAGAGAUUUUAUCUGAUUCGGAGCACAGCAAAUCUGUAAGAUCAGUUACAAGGGUUUGUUGUAGUCCUGAGAAUAACUCCACAGAAGUGGCUGAAUUGCCCUUGGGCACAGCUUUAGAGAAAACUGCAGAUUGUGUAGAUGAUGAUUUCACCCAAACUGGUACUUCUGAUCACAAUGAAACCACUACUACUGAACGGGAUUAUGGGCCAUUCCUAACAAGUGGUAGCCCAAUAAGACUUCUUCAAGAUUAUGCUUCUGAUGACACUUCAGCUAAUGAGGAUGAAGGCAAUGCUGCAGAUACUAAUGUUUUCACAUUCUCAGGAGGUGCUGAUACUGGUGUUUCAGCUGUCCAUAAAGGUUCUGGGAGUCAUAUGGAGAUUGGAAUUGGAUCUAAUAGUCCCUCCAGUACCCAAAAGGGGUUUCGGUCAGUCUCCAGAACACUGCAGAAUGAUUCAGAAAUAUCUCCACAUUUAUUACAAGAGUCUAAGAAAACCCGUAAAAAAUCUGUCUCUCGAUGGAGUAGUGAUGGAGGUAUUGAGCAUAACCUUGAAAACCAGGUGUCUGUUAAUUUUUCUGCUUCAGUGGAAGCUAUCAAGGGAAAAGAUAGACUAGACGAUACUGGCAUUGACAGUGGCAGUAAAAGUGGUUAUGCUGAAAAGGAAGAUGAGGGGAAAACCUCAAAAUUUGAACCAAAUGUUAUUAAAGUGGAUGAAUUCGGAAGACAUCUCAGAGAAGUUCGUUCAGAUAGUGAUUCUGAUGAUUCACACCAUCACCGGGCAAGGAGACAUAAUAAAAGAGAUAGAAGCUGUAGUCGCAGCCGGUCUCCACCGGACAGGAGAAGUAGGAGGAAUAGGAGGAGUCCCCGGAGGAGAAGAGAUAAAAGAAACAGGUCUCGCAGCUGGUCCCCCCGGCAUCGAAGAAGCAGUAGGUCUCCAAUCUCAAGACGUUCAGGUGACUUCCGUGGUGAGAUUGUGAAAAGGGACAAGGAUCAGUGCUUGGACUUCCUUCGAGGAAAGUGCUACCGAGGAGCAUCAUGCAAGUACAUUCACCUUGAAUCUGACAUGAAUGCUACAUCAAGGCGCCAUAGGAAUAAACAUGACCUGGAAGUCAGUUCUUGUGGAAAAGGAUCUACAGCUAAUGGAGACAUGACCAAUAUUUCUUCUAAAGUGUUUGAUAGUAAGCGUGAUGGAGUUAAAAGUCAGGAUGUGGAUCUUUGCCAGAAUGUGACUAGCCAGGAAGUAGUGCGGAAAGAAGAUUCAGGGAGGAAUGAUGUUGCAUCAAUGAUCAUGCAUCUUGAUGGUAAAUUAGUAAAUAGCAAUUCAAUUAAAUCUAAAUGUAUCAGAGAGGUUGCUCCUGAAAUACUGGAAACCAUUGUUGUCAGGGAGGAUCCUAAGAAUUCAAUCCAUGAAAAUGAUGGUUCAAAAGCAGGCGAUUCUCAGCAGCAACAUUUGGUUGAAGGCUUUCACCUUGAUGCUUUAGGCAGUGAUAGUAAUUCUAAGCUAUCUGGUACAUAUAAAGAUGUUUUUCCCUCAGGAGAUGGUCCAUUUGUUCAGCAAAUGCAUCUCAAUGUUUCUGCUGUUGGAAUUCCUGAACCUUCUGGUUACCCAUCUCAGCAUGUAAGUGCAUCCUUUGUGACUGAUACAUCACCUGAUAAAAGAUCAGUUGUUUCUGCUAGUGUUAAUGAAGUUCCUGGUAGUGUCACAUCAGAGCAGCCUUCAUUACACUCUCAGGCUCCGAAAGAGUUACCUCCUCCGCUUCAUAAUUACCAGUUGCCUGCUUCUGUUGUUUCACAAUCCCCGGGUGAAAAUCCUGUGCAUAUGUCACAAACUUCAAGGCAGUAUGAUGUGAUGCAACAAAAUGCGUUCUUUCCUUUCCAAUCCACUACCAGAGAAAAGUUUGAACCUUAUCCUGCUCCACUACACACUCAGAAUUCUCACUUCAAUGUUACACCUAAUAGCUCUUGGACAUCCUUGCCACUGCCACCACCACCGCUACCAUUGCCACUGCCACCAUCCAGAACGGUGUAUGAUUCCAGUUUAAACUCAGGAGUUGUAAAAUCACAUGUUUCUUCUGAAUUCAAUAAGAGUCAAUUACAUUCAAGAAUUGACAUUGUUUCUCAGACUUCCAUGAAGCCUUUACCAACUUCUUCUCAGAGUUCUGAAUUUCAGGAUCAUUCACGAACUUUCAUGCUUACUGAACCGUUCUCUCCAAAGCAUCUCCCUCUGGUGAACCCAGCUAGUCUUUCAGGAUCUAGUCUCAAUAGAGAUGACUUUCAUAAUCAACUUCCAAUGCAGGAUUCAAAAUUUCCCAGUACCACAUCAUUUGGCAGCCUGCAGCCUCAACCAAAUCAAUUUUCCUGGAAGAUGGAUGUGAGCAGACUACAAUCUCCCCUGGGUGGCAAGUUACCUCCUGAAGGUCAUUUUGCAACAUCCUCACACCUUGAUUCUUUAUCUCAGAAGCAACAAUCAAUGUAUAACUUUCAGUGUUCUGUAUUCGAGGCUAGUUUGGGUGUGCCUGGGGAGACUGCUACUGUUUCCAGAUAUCCACCUGAUUUUCUGGAUAGCAAUCAUUCAACUUCUCUUCCACCAUUUGGUGGUUCAAGAAUAUCUGCUCACUAUAAUCCUUAUGCAUCAACUUUUGAGAAACCACUAAGUUCCAAAUUCAGUUCAAGUAUUUUUAGGCAGGAAAAUGAAAUAAUCCAUGGUAACAAUUAUGUUUCUUCUAGAUUUAACCAUACUCCUGUAAAUGGGGAGGGUAAUGCUGGGGUUGGAUCAAGACAGUCAGCAUCCUCAUCAAAAUCAGGUAGAGCUCUUGGUCAGGUUUUACCUAGGUCUGGUGAUGACCAAUAUGAUCCACUUUUUGACAGCAUUGAACCAUCUUCCACUUUAAGAAAAACUGAUUUUGAUCAGAAGCAGGAACUUACAGGUGAAUCCAACAUCAGCCUAAGGCCCAAAAGUUCUUAUAUGUCUUUGGGUGCGGAUGAGAAAAACAAGGAGUCGGAGGAGGUUGGGGCUGUUGCCUCUACCACUUCUCAAAAUAAUGAUGAAUAUGGUGAGACAGCAGAUGCAGAAGUUGGUGCUAUUGAAAAUGAGAGCCUAAGUGAUGAUGUGGAUGUUGCAAAAAUGACUGCAGAGGAGGUUGAGAUUAAUCAGGUCAAGUCUCCAGGGAAAAGAAAAAAGAGUAAGGAUUCCAGAUCCAUGAAAUUGUUCAAAGUUUCGAUUGCGAACUUUGUCAAGGAGGUUUUGAAACCAUCAUGGCGACAAGGUAAUAUGAGUAAGGUGGCUUUUAAAACAAUUGUGAAAAAGACCGUGGAUAAAGUAUCAGGAGCCAUGAAAGGCCACCGAGUACCCAAGUCCCAAGUGAAGAUAAGUCAAUAUAUUGAUUCAUCACAGCGAAAGUUGACUAAACUUGUUAUGGGCUAUGUUGACAAGUAUGUGAAAGUAUGA